AUGCAUCUCUCGGCCAUUUCUACCCUGGCUGUGGUCCUGCUGUCGGGUCAAGCUCACGCAGGGUGCGGAGAAGGAACCUUCAACGGAAAAUACAACGGUUACAAGAGGGUUUCAAACUGCAACCUCAAUGCGAACAACGUUUAUUUCUGCGGUGACUCUGGGACUUCCGUCGUUCACAAGCAAAGUCAGCUUGUUCUCCGCGCUGGAAAGGUCGAUUCAACAGUCUUGGUCAACUGCAACGGGUACGGCUUCCUGUACCACUGUUCAGCCGGCGAAGAAGGCCGAUUUAGGGAGCCGCAGUGUAAGGGCGCAGUUUGGGAGGUUGAGAACAUCAGGGAGAUUUGA